UGCUAUCCUCUCCAACAUCAUAACAUGAGCCCCAUGGGGGUCCUCCUCCUUGCCCUGCUCAUCCCCAUCGCCUUCAUCCUACGCCAGUACUUUACGAUCCAUUACCCCCGUAACCUGCCGCGCGUCUGUGACGAGGGCAGAUGGCGCUUCCGCCUGCGGACGCGCCUACGGUACUACACCGACUGCCAGUCGCUGUUCCGCACCGCGUGGGAGCGGUAUUCCAAGCAUGGCAAGACGUGUCUGGUUCCCGGCCUCGGGUUCCGUGACGAGGUGAUCCUCCCGGCGAGCGCGCUCAAGUGGGCGACGACGCAGCCGGAUCAGGUGCUGAAUGUUGUCGCGGCGUUUGAGGAGCUCGAUCAGGUGCGGUACAAUGUGGGCCACGAGAAGUUUGUGUUGGAUUUGUGGCCGGGAUGGCUGGUUAAGAGGGAGAUGAACGCGGUGUUGGAGAGUCUGAUGGUGGGGUUGGCUGAGGAGGUGGGGGUUGCUUUUGAUCGGUGGUUUGGUGUGCAGGAGGAGUGGAGGGAUGUUAAGGUGCUGGAGACGAUGAAGAUGAUUGUUGCGCAGUGCAGUUCGAGAUUUACUGUUGGCUUACCGCUUUGCCGUAAAGAAUCCUAUCUGAAGAACUGCAUUAACUUCACUGAUCAGUUCUUCAUUACCGCCGGCACCAUAGGGGCUUGCCCCAAAUUCCUACGUCCUCUUCUGGGCCCGUUGAUGUUCCAAUUCCAACGCAUCAAUCUCCGUCGCAUGGCGAAGGAUUUCCAACCCCUAUUAGAAGCACGUAUGGAAGCUUAUUCUAACACCCCAAAGUCUCCUGACGAACCGCAAGACCAUCUACAGAUGAUGAUCCGCUAUGCACAGGUCAACCGCCCAGAAGAGCUAAACCUACACGACAUGACAGCCCGCCUAAGUAUGUCGAAUCUCGGGUCUUUCCAUCAAACAAGUAUCGCGGCCACGAACCUCAUCUUCAAUAUCGUGGCGAGCGACCCGGAAUUCAAUACCAUUUCCAUUCUAAGGGACGAGAUCAAGAGAGUUCUAGAAGAACAAGGAGGAAUUUGGACUAAAGCGGGAAUAGCAAGUAUGAUACGAACGGAUAGCGUAUGCAGAGAAACACUGCGAUUAUAUUCAUUCGGCAACCGGGCCAUCAUGCGUAAAGUCAUGGUCGAUGAUUUGACGACCGAAGACGGCAUCCUCUUGCCCAAGGGAGCGAUGGUUUCUCUACUCACACAUCCCGCUCAGUGCGACGAGGGUAUCUACAAGGACCCUCUGCGCUUCGACCCCUUUCGCUUCUCCCGGAUGAGGGAAGAUGGUCUGGCCAAUCUCAGCUUUGUAUCGACAGGCAGUCAGUUCCUGCCCUUCGGCCACGGGAAACAUGCGUGUCCCGGAAGGUUCCUGUUGGAUUUCGAACUGAAGAUGAUGGUUGCGUACCUGUUGACGAAUUACGAUCUGGAACUUCCAGAGGAAUACAAGGAGAAGAGGCCGGAGAACACUUGGAUAGCGGAAGCUUUGAUGCCACCUUCUGAGGGGAUGAUAAGGGUCAAGAGGAGAAAGAUUUAGAGAGGUAUGUUCUGGGACUGCUAGUGACGAUGUUUGGAGUUAAGGGGCGCUCUGGCAAAAUAGGGUAAUGAGGCGUAAAGGAUACAAGGAACGAUAAUAAUAAUGGAAUUCGGGAAAAUUGAUAUUGGUCCAGAGAUCAAUUUCAAACCGGAUAUCAAAAGACUUGACAGUUAUGCUUGGAAUCGUUGCUUUUCCAAUUGUAGACCUCGUAGAGAAAGCAGGGCGGACAACACUCUCGAUUUUCGAAAUAGCAAGAAACAGCACAUGUAUAUCAUGAAUUAUGAAUCAUUCCUCGG